AUGCUCACCAGUUUGCGUAUAAGACUUUACAGCGGCCUGCUCUCCUCGUUCUUUCAAUCUUUUUCAUACCUCUUCCACUUCAUCAACCAAUUCAUUCAAGACGACCCACACAUCCAACACACAACAAUGGCCGACAAGAACGCCAAAUCCGGCUGGACUGACCGCGAGAUCCUCGUCUGCCUGCUCAACGUCAUGGAGUACUCCAACUGCAAACUCGAAUACGGCGACGUCCCCUACCCACCCGGCCGCAACGCCAACGGCUUCCGCCAGAAGAUCAACAACCUGAAGCGCGAGCUCAAGGGCGAGUUCGAGUCAAUUAAGGCUGGCAACCCCGUCGAUUCCACGCCCAAGAAGAAGACUGCAGAUGCUACGCCCAAGUCGACCCCGCGCAAGCGCAAGGCAGCGGCUGAGGAGGAUGGCGAGGAGACGCCCAAGAAGCGUGGACGCCCGAAGAAGGGGGCUGCGAAGAGCGAGGAGCCCGUUGAAGCUGAGGCUGAGACGGUGGUCAAGGAUGAGCCGGAGAAUCAUCUUGGAGCGGGUUUUGAGGCCGAGAUUGUGGAGCAGGUCUGA